CCUACCCGUAUUUCUAUUGUAGAACGAUAGCGUGAUAAGUAAAGGGUGAAUGCCAAGACUUUCCAUGUGGGCUGUGUGCCCAGUCUUGCCCCACGUUAUCUUGGAGGAGGGCGAGUCAAACUAGCUUCCUCCUGUCUGCCUGCCAGCCCAGACGCCUUCGAUCUUCCUCCAGAUCCUGGUGAACUUUGCUCAUUAGAGCAGCUUCUAUCUUUGCGGGGUUCGGUAUGCUUUCACAGUUCGACCUGGGGUACCUCACUGUGGCGAUGUGGUCCCUCGGCCUUGGGGCCAUCGGGGCCGCUGUGACUGGCAUCCUCCUGGCCAACACGGAUUUGUUCCUGUCUAAAGUGGAGAGAGCGUCGCUGGAGUUUCUGGAGGACAUAGAGCUGAAGACUCUGGGAGAAGAGCAAAGAACAUUCAAAGCUGGGGAGCUGUGGAGGAAGAACGGGGCCGUGAUCAUGGCGGUACGGAGACCAGGAUGAUUUCUGUGCAGAGAGGAGGCCUCUGAGCUGUCCUCUCUGAAGCCUCAGCUUGAGCAGCUGGGGGUCCCGCUUUAUGCUGUUGUGAAAGAGAACAUCGGCACUGAGGUGGAGGAUUUUCAACCGUACUUCAAGGGAGAAAUCUUUCUGGAUGAGAAGAAACGAUUCUACGGACCCCUGAAAAGGAAGAUGCUGUUCUUGGGCUUUGUUCGGUGGAAUGUCUGGAAGAAUUUCUACCGUGCUUGGUGCAGGGGCUUCAGCGGCAACAUCGAAGGAGAAGGCGUCAUCUUGGGUGGUGUUUUUGUCAUCGGUCCCGAGAAGCAGGGUGUUCUCUUGGAGCAUCGUGAGAAGGAGUUUGGAGACAAAGUGAGCCUUGCUGCUGUCCUCGAUGCUGUUAAGGAGAUAAAACAGCAAUCUUCGGAACAUUAAAACGGGAAAUAUACCUGCUGCCCUCUUAACUGUAGAAGCUACAGUGUCUGUAGCGACAUAACCUGAAAUUCCUACCCAGAAACCAUCAGCUGCCGUCUCACAGGAAUGGCUGUGCUUUGUUGGCUCUAGAUAUCCGGGGAUCCUUUCUGUUGUUGUCUUGCUGGAUUAAUGAAAGGCUGGGCCUAAAACGUUCAAGUCCAGUCUAGAUGGCUUCCAGUUAGACCAGAACUGUUGGGGAAUUUCUUGGUAUCUUGUCAGAAGAAAGGCUGAUGGGAAGGCAAUAAAAACUGAAAUAAUUAAA